GAAAAUGUUUUUUUUAUUAAUUAUGAUUAUCCUGAUCAAGCAUAGGCAGUUUAAAGCAAUUUGAGAAGUUUGUACCAGUCUAGCAUUGGGUUUCAGUGAGAUACAUAUAGAAGAAAUGUAUGAUACAGUGGACCGUAAGUUGCUGAGAGUUGGCCAUAUAGCUCUGGAAGUUCAAAGGUACAAUGGGCACGUGUUGCUUGUAUGGGGUGGUUACACGCAAAAUCCCAACCGAGAAACCUUUUAUCAGGAAUAUCAUGAUCCCAGUGAAAUCUUGUUGUAUGAUCCUAUGGUAGCAAGAUGGACAAUAAGGACAACAAAGGGACACAUACCACCUGCUAAUUCGGGUGCUUGUGGUGUUGUGGUUGGGGACCUUUUGUAUAUUUAUGGAGGAUAUUUUGGAGACCCUGAUCUUGAAGGAAAUAGUAAUAACAUUUAUCAGCUCAAUCUGUUCACAUGGAUGUGGACAAGGUUAGAACCUGAUGCAACAAGAUGCAAACCUUUACAUCGUGAUAAACUCUUUGGAUGGGCUUACUGUAACAAGGUAUUCUUUUUUGGGGGCUUCGGUACACCUCCUGCUGAAGGUGAUCGCAAUGUCGAUCAUUAUGAAUACGUUCCUGACCGAAGUCAUCAGUGGUACAUGGGCAGAGGGUGGAAUAAUCAAUUAGUUGCAUACAACAUAGAUGCUAACAAAUGGGAAUGGCCAGAAACAAGUGGGCUACCUCCAAGUCCACGUGCAGCUCUUGCUGGAUUUCGAUGCCAAUCUCUUGUGUAUAUCUUCGGUGGCAGGCUUCAGGGAACACGAUUGAAUGAUCUUUACGUUCUUGAUUUGAAGUCCAUGUCGUGGAGUGAAAAUUUAAAUCCAGGCAAGUUCUUUCCAAGUGGUCGUUCAUGGCAUUCUUUCACCUAUGUUGGAUCAACAAAAGCAAUUCUUUAUGGUGGUCUUUCGGCAGAAGGAGAAGUAUUGGGGGAUUGUUGGAUGUACGAUAUAGAACGAAAUAACUGGACCGAAAUACCAUUAAAGAUACCCGAUAAACGAUUAUGGCAUCAAAGUGCUAAGGUCGACAGCGAUUGGAUCGUGAUAGGUGGAGUUCGAAGUAAUAUCCACAGCUACCAGCCAGAUGGCACGGUUUAUGCUGAUAACAUAUUGUCGAUGACUGUCACUCCUAAAACUCUUCUCAGGUGUUGCGUGGAAUCCAUUGCUAAAUACGACGGUCAAGGCGACCCAUUUAUCCCCCUUUUACCAAAACAUUUACAGGAGGUGGUCAAAGCUCGAACGCGACAUACUUCCAGAGAUACCGUGGAGAAGUCUAGCUAAAAUUUGUUUCAAUAUUUCGUAAAUAAAUGUUUUGUGCCGUUUA